AGCUCACAUCCCUGAGCGUCAGGCAGACAGACAACAGAUGGAAAUAUUUUUUUCUCCGUCUGUCUCGAAAUAUAUAUAAAAACAUCCAACGGUAUCAUGAGUUGAUUUUAUCGCAGUUUUAGGAGGAGAUCUUGGGCAGGUGCUGAACAUGCGUCCCUGCACUACUGUCAUGCACCUGCUGCUGCGAUGCAUGCGCGGAUGUGCAAGACACAGUCGCAAUCGCAUGCCCAGGAUACUGAGGCAGCUUGUGAGCUACAUCAAACUGAUCUUCAAAUCCCUUUAUUUUAACUCGCUCACUAACUCUGAAGUGGUACUGGACUGCAUCCUUGAACCAGUGUUUUGGACAGUGGAGGUCGUAACACGAUGGUUUGGAAUGGUGUUUGUGUUUUUGGUAGUAGCUCUUACCAGUUCUGUGGUUUUCAUCGCAUAUGUCUGCCUUCUACCGUUGGUCCUCCAAACGUACUCUACUGGCUGGAUGAUGUGGCACAUUUGUUAUGGGAAUUGGAUCUUGGUCAUGAUAGUCUUCCAUUACUACAAAGCCACGAACACUCCUCCUGGAUACCCUCCAAAGAUGAAAAACGAGGUCCCGUUUGUGUCGUUCUGUAAAAAGUGCGUCAUUCCUAAACCAGCACGAAGUCAUCACUGUGGCAUCUGUAAAACAUGUAUUCUAAAAAUGGAUCAUCAUUGCCCUUGGCUUAACAACUGUGUUGGCCAUUACAAUCAUCGUUACUUCUUCUCCUUUUGUCUCUUUUUGACUCUGGGCUGCAUGUAUUGCAGCAUCAGCGGUCGGAAUCUGUUUAUCGAUGCAUACAAUUCCAUAGAUCAAUUCAGACACUUGGAUGUGGAGAAACAGGGUGUCCCGGUGACAGGGAUUGGGUUGCUCAUCGGCAUUGUCCCGUCAGAAGGCGUGGCUGGGAAGGGAGUACAGGAAAUUUCGCAACCUCCAUACACCUACAAAGAUAGGAUGUUUCACAAGAGUGUUAUCUACAUGUGGGUCCUUACAAGCACGGUGUCAGUCGCUCUAGGAUCUCUCACACUGUGGCAUGCUUUACUUAUCACCCGUGGAGAAACCAGCAUUGAACGCCAUAUUAACAGCAAAGAGGCCAAACGUUUGGCAAAACGUGGAAGGGUCUAUCGUAAUCCUUUUAGUUAUGGCAAACUAAACAACUGGAAGGUGUUCUUUGGUGUAGAAAAGAGAAGUCAUUGGCUGACUCGUGUUCUCCUGCCCUCUGGACACACCCCUUAUGGUGACGGACUGACAUGGGACAUUUACCCUCUUAAAAAAGACAUGAUGCCAGUUUGAGACAUUAAAGACUUGACUGUUUUAGUUGGCGGUGGCCAACACGCUCCUCAGGGUGAGCCUCAUGCGCCUUUGAGCCUGAGCCAAGGCUGAAUGCUGGACCAGAGCCCUGGGAACACAGGAGACUGCAGAGCCCAGAUUUAGACGGUGAUCUCACUGGAUGACCUUUGCUCUUUCUGGCCAAACGAAAGGGCUGCCCUCCAGAAAUACCAUGAAUAUUUUGGAUGUUUUUAUCAAUGUUUUAUAAUGAAAUCAUGACAGUUGUCUGUGCGAUCUCUGGAAGAUACUGUGUUUAUAGGGAUAGUUCACCUGAAAACAAAAAAAACAGUCACCAUUUACUCACCCUCCAGCCAUGUGGGGCUUAAUGUUUGAUUAUGUAAAUAUGAUUUUAACUUAUUAUUUAUAUCACUUACAGUAUCAUUUAAAUGCACUGAAAUCCAAUACUUCAUUUCCAUAGUCAACCACAUCUGAAGAAACUUGAUUAGAAUUUUAUUAUAUGCUAAAUAAACAGCAUUUCUUGUUUCA